UAUCGUCUCCCCCCACACAGAGAAGUCGAUUUUUCGCAUUAGAGUUACAAUUAUAAAAUAAAAACUAACGAAAAGAAAAGUAUUACAAUUUCAAGAAAAUAUUUGGCAAAGAUAAUAAAUAAAAAACAACGGCUAAAGCAAGUGUUAAAGGUGUAAAAAAGCAAUAAUAAAAUAAAACAAAUACCAGCAAAAUGAGUUAAGAAAUUUAGAAAGUUAAAAAAAGGAAAAAAAAAGGAAAUCAGAUGAAGAAAAAACAAUAGGUACAUAGCGGAAUAAUACAUUAGAGAGAGGUGAAGAGUGGGGUACCAUACAGCGAAAGUAACUCUCGUCGUUUAUUUAAAACUCCCCCACUCCAAACAACAUCAUUGCCACUAUUAUCUUCAUCAUCAUCAUCACCAACGACAUCACUAUUGCCAGCAGCGACGACAAAAACAACAACAACAGCAAAUAACUAAAGUAAACGACAAAAAUUUUAUAGUCAAUUAAUCAAAAAAAAAAAAUAUAUAGAGAAAAGGAAGAAAAGAAAAACUUAAAAUUUUAUUUUCAUAAAAUGAUUCAACGAAAUUUACGUCCUUAGUUUUUUAAGUUUUCGAGCCGUAUAAGAGAUAGAGAAAAUCGCAAUGCAACGUUUAACUCCCGCUGCAGAGACGGGUGUUUGGAAAACUCCAACAAUCCUUUAGUCCUCUUAAUCAAACGAAAUCCAUACCAAACCAACAAACAAACAACAAACUUACGAAUACUCUACCUACCAAUAACAACAACAAAAAUAUACACAAUUACUUAUUCGUUCGUACAUACACAAAAGCAGUUUUUGCAAAGGAAGUCGUUUUCAAUCCAAAGUUUUACUUUUGGAUUAGAAACUAAUGAAAUCACCAUCAUCAUUGAUAACAUCACAACUACUAUUGUUGUUGUAUCCAAUGGCGUUAAGACGAUACAUCAUCUGUUUAACACUGCUGACUUGGCUGUCACUUUUAACAAUUACCCAGUCAGUUCGAAUAACAAACCUUAAGGUGCCUCAUAUCUACACACUGGAACGUCAUACGGAACCAGAACCACUGGUGCUAGACUGUGAAUAUGAACUGGGGCCUCGAGAGAAAGGUUUUGUUCUUAAAUGGCUGUUUAACAAUCAUUCCAUAUACCAAUGGAUACCCUCGGUCAAAGGAUUUGCAAUGGGUAUUAUGAAAUCAAAAAUAAACACCGAAAUUUUCACUUUGGAAGGCAGUCCGGGUGUCAUUUCAAUACGUCGACCCGAUUGGAAUAUGACCGGUGAAUAUACAUGUUUCGUACAAACAUUCGAAUCGACUGAUAAACGAAGUAGUCGUCUACAAAUAAUUGUUCCUGAAUCGGAUUUUUUGCUUGAAACCAAAAUGGAUGGAUCACGAGAGAAUGUUGAAGUUAUGUGUGCCGUUCAAAAUGUAUUUCCCCAGCCUGUGCUAUCAGUUAUCAGAUUUGAUACAAAAAUUUUGGAUUCGGUAUUAACACAAAUGGAUCAGAAUGCCAGUGGCCUAUAUAGUAUGACAGUUCGAACGCGUAUACCUAGAGAUAAAUUGGAAUCACCCACACCGAUAACAUGUGCAUUUUACCUACUUGGUACUAAUUAUACUAAAAGACGGGAAACUAUUUUCUAUGGUAAGUAGAGAUAAAGCAACAAAUAUACAACGUAAAUGGACAACUGUCGCUGUAGUAAUGUCGAUCGCAUCUUUAGCUUUAAGCAGUUAGUUUGGAUAAUUAUAGUAAUAAUAUAUAUUAUUAAAAAAAAAGUAUAUUUGUGUUCGUAUAGGAUAUUUCUAUUUAGAAUUUUAAAUGAAAAAAAAGAAACAAAACAAAAAAAAAACAGAAAACGUAAAAUAAAUUUUGCGGUAUUUUUAACGAAAGUGCUUAUUUUGUAAAUGCAUGUAAAUGUAAGAAAAUAAAAAAACCAAAAACUAUACUAAA